ACGUCUGCACGCGGCGACGGGCGAACAGCUACAUGACGACUGUGUGCAGGUUUGCGUAACCUUCUCUUGGCGCGGUAUUCGCAGCGAGCGUGGUUACCGACGCGCCGCUUCGCUUCACGGACAGCCGGCCGCGGCGCUGCCGCGCCUGUCAGUCCGACCAAGAUGGCGUCGCCUAGUGAGCUGUCCUUCGAGGAGAUUCGGAAUUAUUUAUUGGAAAACGGCGGUACGGCGCGGAAUCACGACCUAGUGAAGCAUUUCAAGCGGUUCCUGACGGACCCGGAGACGCGAGUCGAGGCCAGGAAUCGCUUCAAGGAGUAUGUCAACACCCUGGCGACCAUAAAGAACGAGGAGGGCGAAAAGUACUUGGUACUCAAGAAGAAAUACCGGCAAGUUUCCUUGGACCUCUCGUCCUCCCCGCAAAUAGGAUCGCCAUCUUCGAACGUCAGUCCCGAUUUGCCUAUUCCGGUUUCUCCUCUACGAGAUCCUCCGCCAUAUCGGCCACCACCUCCCGCACCUCUCAGCCCGACAUCGAGUAAUCCCCAAGCGAGCCUCGAGGAGGUUCAAACCCCGCCGAUUUCCGGUCGUGAAGACGUUAGAAAGAACGAUAAUUCGGAAUAUGGCGCGACUGAUCAUCCGGAACCCGGCGCGUCGUCGCCUCCCGUCCCACCGCGCCGCAAAAGUCAGGACAAGCUCAAGUUGGAGAACAAGGAGAACAUCGAGAAGAAUACGAGAGGCGCCUCGGAAGCCGUCAUAAAGGAGGAUGAGGUGACUGCUACGAAUACGGUAUCGGCCGAGCAAUUGAGCGUUCGCGAACGGAUGCAACGUUUCAAUCGGAUGGCCAGCGAAACCGAUCUUCCCAACAGACCCAGCGCCGGCACGACCACCCCCACUAAGAAACGAACAGAGAAAGGCGCCGACGAGGAUGACAGCGCUUCCGUUGCCUCGCAACUGGACGGAAAAUCGCGGGAGUGGCUGGUCAGGGCGGCGCAGGGGGACUACCAGGCGCUGGCGAAGCUCGCGACCGAGGAACCCCGUCUCACCAGGCUCAAGGAUCCGACUUCCGGCUAUACGGCGUUGCACUGGGGCGCCAAACACGGCGACGAGAACAUCGUUAAAUUAAUCGCGGGCACCUACAAGGACUACAUCAAGAGUGUCAAUGAGACCACGAACGGGGGCUACACGCCGCUGCAUAUCGCCAUGCAAUUCGACCACGAGAACAUAUUCAAUCUGUUGGUCCAGGUGUACGGCGCGAAUCAGGACAUACGCGACCACAGCGGCAAGAAGGCCAGGCAGUACUUGGUGUCGCAGGAGGCGGCGGUCAGCCAGGACACCUUCCGCAAAAUAAAAGCAAGGAAAAAGCAUGCAGAGAAAGAUCUUGGUUUCCUACGAAUUGGCUCGUUGAACGUUCGCGUGAAACGUACGACGGAAGCCUUCAGCCAGUUCCUGGGUGUGGCAACUAGCAGCAGCAACAGUAGCAACACGGCCGGCAGCAACAACGAGAAGAUCCACAAGUCGUGGGGAUCCGCGGAUAACGUUCAGCUGGACCAGAAGAUGAUGCCACCGCCGAAGUACGCGCCCAUCAAGAAACGCAGGAGCCGGCGGGCGCAGGAUUUCGGGCCAUCGCGAGGUCAGCAAGCGACCAGUCAGCCGACCACUCCGUUGCUGCAGGGCAAGGUCAGCCGAGCGAACAACCAGGCCAUUCAACGUCGACCGACGUCCACGAUGUCCGUCAACUCCGUCGUGUCCAACGUUCAGCAGAACGACUCCGACUCCGACACGGCCUGCGGCUUCGACUCCGCGUGGCGAGGAUCCGCCCAGCUGUAGACAAUAGAUAGAUAAUUCGAAUAAUUCGUCAUUUUUUGAGCUUACGCUUCUAAUGAACAAUGAUUUUUCGUUCUUAUGGUGAGCCAAAAUGUACAUAUCGGAGUAUGCGACGAGCGGAAAACUCCCAACUUCCAAUUCGGAAAGUUCACGAGUCUUUAAAGUAAUCGUAGUCCUUUUUUUACAAUGUCGUAAACGAGGAUCUGUACGUAUGCCAAUAAUCCUCGCGAUUUUACAGCAAGUUUCGCAUCGGUGGAUCUUCGAACCGAGAAGAUCCACCACGAGAUCGUUUUGUAGUUCUUUUUUAGAUCUCGGGUUAAUUUGAUUACCGCCGUUGUACUUAAUUGUAACGCGAACUGUGGCUGAUGUAACGGAGUCUUUGAAAUAUGAAUUACUCUUGUGAGACUUUUACCAGUGCCUUAUCUCUCGUUUCUACCAUUGGAUUCUUUUUCAAUGACGCUUCUCGUCCCGGUAAUACACAUUGUGCAUUUAAAUAAGAUUUUACAUCGUGUAGUAAUAAUUUUUAUGUUGAUAUCUUUUUAUCUUAAUUAAAAUACACAAAGCGAGUUUCAACAAGGUGAUAUAUAAGUUACACACUGAGAGUUUAAUUUAAGAGAAUAGGACAUACUUCGGAUUUGAAUACGCUUAUCUAUGUUAUGAAAUGUGUAAAACGAAGAAAUGUAUUUAUUAAACAUACAAAAUAAAAUU